GCGACAGACCAGAUCCAGAGAGCGGUACACGCGCGCGCACACAGAAAAUGGGAACGGGCGGCGCGCAUAGCAGCAGCAUCUUGACUGGGAGGGACAUGUGCAGGGACACCGUCAGUACUGUCAGUAGUUUACACGAUGACAGAUCGUAGACGGACUUGAUUUGAUGGUUUCGUGCAGCAGAGGUGCGGAGGAAAAGGAACGGACGGAUUUUCCCCCGGCGCGCCUGAGCCAUGGCGUGGCGUUGCAUCUUAACUUUGGCCAUCGGUGUUCACGUGAGCAAAGUGCUUGCUGGGCCGCGGUUUUCUCAGGAGCCUGCAGAUCAGUCUGUGGUGUUGGGGGAGAGGGUUGUGCUGUCCUGUGUGGUCUUUAACUACACCGGUAUCAUCCAAUGGACCAAAGAUGGACUUGCCCUUGGCAUCGGCGAGGACUUGAGGGCAUGGCCACGUUACCGCGUGCUACGAAUCGUGGACGUGGGUCAGUAUAACCUGGAGAUUACAUCAGCUGAACUAUCGGACGAUUCUUUAUAUGAGUGCCAGGCCACCGAAGCGGCCCUUCGAUCCAGGAGAGCCAAACUCACUGUCCUGAUUCCCCCUGAUGAUCCGGUGAUAGAGGGUGCUCAUGAGAUUCUGCUGACUGCAGGAAUCUCUUACAACCUGACAUGUGUCUCCCGAGGUGCCAAACCACUCUCAACCAUAGAGUGGUACAAAGAUGGAGUAAUAGUGGAAGGAGCCCAUACUAGUACUGAGGUAUUACCUGACAGGAAACGAGUGACCACACGAAGUUUCCUGCCCAUACAGCCAGUGGACACAGACACCGGUCGCAACUUCACCUGUGUUGCCUCCAACCUGGCAGUUCCACUGGGCAAACGGACCACUGUUACACUCAACGUGCAUCAUGCUCCCACAGUUUUAUUAUCAAUUGAACCACGUUCUGUUCUUGAGGGGGAAAGAGUUACCUUUAUGUGUCAAGCUACUGCCAACCCACCUAUUAUGGGCUACAGGUGGGCUAAAGGUGGAGUAAUCCUGGAGGGUGCCAGGGAGAGUAUGUUUGUGACGACGGCUGAUCACUCAUUCUUCACUGAGCCUGUUUCAUGCCAGGUGUUCAAUGCUGUGGGCAGCACCAACGUCAGCAUACUGGUGGAUGUACACUUUGGUCCGAUCCUGGUAGUGGAGCCCAAGCCAGUAACAGUGGAUGUGGACUCUGAUGUCACAUUAAACUGUAAAUGGGCAGGAAAUCCCCCUCUUACACUUACUUGGACAAAGAAGGGAUCCAGUAUGGUUCUCAGUAAUAAUAAUCAGUUGUAUUUGAAGUCAGUUAGUCAGGCUGACGCGGGACAGUAUGUAUGUAAAGCCAUUGUGCCCAGGAUUGGGGUUGGAGAGACAGAGGUCACACUCACAGUCAAUGGCCCGCCAAUCAUUUCAAGCGAACCAGUCCAGUAUGCCAUACGAGGUGAGAGGGGAGAGAUCAAGUGCUUCAUUGCCAGCACUCCUCCUCCUGACAAAAUUGUGUGGGCGUGGAAGGAGAACGUAUGGGAAAAAGACAGAGGCACUCUGUCCGAGAGAUACACAGUGGAGCAGAGCAAGCCAGCAGAAGGGGGCGCUGUUCUCUCCACUCUCACCAUCAAUAAUGUGAUGGAGACCGAUUUUCAAUCCACGUACAACUGCACAGCCUGGAACUCCUUUGGACCAGGCACUAUGAUCAUCACGUUGGCAGAGACUGAUAUUGUCCCUGUGGGAAUAAUAGCUGGUGGAUCAGUUGGAUCCUCUAUUUUGCUGCUUCUUUUACUGCUUGCCCUGGGCUUCUACCUCUACCGCCAACGAAAAGCUAGACGCAGAGGGGUUGCACUAAAGCCUGACAUCAAGGUUGAAACUGUCAACAAAGAGACGCCGAGCCUGGAGGAAGACACAGCCAGCGUCUCCACCGCAACUCGCAUGGUAAAGACAGUGUACUCUGAGUGUUUUCUUCCCUCUGUCUCCCUCUCUCCCUCCACUCAGCCGUUCAAGGACGAAGUGGAACUGAAGCCGGAAACCCGCACCGAAACCUUGGAGCCCAAGGAGGAGUACGAGCUAAAGGACCCCACAAACGGCUACUACAACGUGCGCGCAACGACUCACGACGAAGGACGUGCUGCGGGCCGCUACCAGGAGUUCCGCCCGCCCAAUCCAGCCGUGGUCUCCGCGACGGCAGCCGGCCCAGCAACCAACAUAAAUCCUGCUCCCAUUGGACGCUAUGAACCCCGUCCUUCGUCUCGGGUUACUCACAACACCUACGCCCACUUUAGCACCAUCGCCAGGACCAAACACCAAGCUCCGCCCAAACCGGUACCUCAGACCACAGACUAUUCCAGAGAAUGCGGUCUGCUGGAAUCAACCAAUCAGCUGGCUUACGACACGUAUGGGUACCCUAGCACGGCCCAGUACCCUCAGUACCGGCUUGGUUUUGCUCCACCCCUGGAGGAAGGACCAGCCUACGAGAUGUAUCCCACAGGACAGGGGGUGGGGUCAAACCAAGGGGUGGGGCCAGAUGCCGGACUGGGAAAGUACGGGAGCUCUACGCGCUUUUCCUAUUCGUCUCCGCCUACAGAAUACUCUCAGAGACACACUCAGAGGAUGCAAACACAUGUAUGAGAGUGAAAGGACACACUGAUGCUAUACAACACACCUUUAUAUACACACACACACACUGAUGCGCAUUUACUAAGGACCUAUAUUGUGGUUACUCAAAAAUGGCAAAGAAAAAAAAAAAACAAGUUCACGUGUGGGAUGCCAAUUUGAAGUCCACUUAGAUUUACAGAGUAGUGUAGCCAUCACAGUCACAGUUAUAUACCAAUCACACCCCCAGUGUAUUUUGUACUAUUACGUCUUCAUUGUGUGCCAUUGUUCUAGUGCCAAACCAAGCUAAAAUACGAAAUGCAGUGACAAAACAAGAAGAAAACGGUCACUCUUGUUUAUUCUUUCCUCCACAUCCCUUUCCUCUUCUCUCU